GGGACUGGCGUCGGCCCGGGGACGGUCCACGGCAGCCAGCUCCACCACGUCGGGCAUCUCCAUGAACGGGGACUCCAUCAUAAGCCAGCCCUCGACCUUCGACCCGGACCAGAGCCACUACGACACAGUCAAGCCCGUGGGUUCCGGCGCGGGCGGCGCGAGCAUCGGCAGCCCCGGCCGGCCCAAGUUCGUGGCGGUGACGGCCCUGGAGGACGUGCAGGCGGUGCGCUGCGCCGAGUUCCACCCGCACGGCAAGGUGUACGCCGUGGGCUCCAACUCCAAGACCCUGCGCAUCUGCGCCUACCCCAAACUCAGCGACUUGCGGGAGGACCAUGUCACAUACCAACCAACUGUGCUGUUCAAGCGAACAAGGCAUCACAAGGGAUCCAUCUACUGUAUGGCUUGGUCUCCGGUUGGUGACUUGAUGGCCACUGGUUCAAACGACAAGACGGUGAAACUAAUGCGCUUUAAUGCAGACACCUCCAACUUAGAAGGACAAGAAAUAGAGUUGACCAUGCAUGAUGGCACAGUUCGCGACGUGUGCUUCCUUGAAGAUACCAGUAAUAAGUCAAGCUUGCUGAUCAGUGGUGGUGCCGGCGACUGUAAAAUUUAUGUCACUGACUGUGCAACUGGCCAACCUUACCAAGCUCUUAGUGGGCACUCAGGGCAUAUACUCUCUCUUUACAAUUGGGGCGGUGCCAUGUUUGUCAGUGGAUCACAGGAUAAAACUGUCCGGUUUUGGGAUUUGCGCACCAGAGGCUGCGUAGACAUGGUUGCACCACAGACACAGCCUGGAAGCAGGGUGGGAUCCCCAGUUGCUGCUAUUUGUAUGGAUCCGUCUGGCCGCCUCCUUGUGUCUGGCCAUGAAGAUGCAUCCUGCGUUCUCUAUGAUGUGAGAGGAGGACGAACUGUGCAAUGCUUCAAGCCUCAUGCAUCAGACAUCCGGUCAAUUCGGUUCUCUCCAAGUGCUUACUACUUACUUACAGCUGGAUACGACAAUAAACUUGUGCUCACUGACCUUCAAGGUGACUUGACUAUGCCCCUUCCAAGUGUGGUCGUCGCACAACACGCCGAUAAGGUCAUCUCAGGGCGAUGGCACCCAACAGAGUUCUCCUUCCUCAGCACCAGUGCUGACAAAACUGCCACGCUUUGGGCCUUGCCACCAGUUUAGCAUUCCUCUCUUCAUUUCUCUUUCUGUUAAAGCUAUGGAGUUACACUUAACAAAGUUUGUAUAUAUCAUAAUUUAUAAAUUUGUUUAAGUAUAACUGUGACUUUUUUGAAAUGUGCAAUGUACCUUCCCAUUACAUUCCAUUAGGUGAGCAGGCUUUAUAUUUCCCUGUUGCAUUGCCUUUACUUUGAUCUUCUAGUUAUCUCUAGUUUUGUAACUGUAAUUUGUUGCAAUUAAAAUUAAAGAAAGCGAUGAUUUCUUUUUCUCAUUUGGCCAUAAGAUAUUUGCAAAGAUUAAACAGUAUUUCAGUUUUGAAGUACUAGGCUGUGAUGUGGCCGUAGCUGUAGCUUUUAUGUAGUCCCGCAAUGCCUCAAUAUUUUUAUUUUUUUUGUAGUUGAGUUAAUUCAUGGUGAGUAAUCUAUUCAUUUGAUUUCCAAAGUUAUUCCUUUUGUUGGAUCACUUGGAUGAAUGAUAUAUUUUUAUGCCUUGUGCUAUAAUUGUUCCCUGUCUGUUGUAUGUAUGUUCGACCUCUUUUUCUUUCUAAGUAGCUCCUACUUUUUUAAUAAAGUAUAAAAGUACUUGAGAAAUAGUGAGAAGCGACCAAUGAUAAUAGGACGACCUAUGAAUGUUGUACAAUUGUAGCCUUAAUAACCACUAGCCAAUGGCAGCAUAUACUCCUCAUCCAUUAAAAGUACUACUGAGUAGAAAUUUGUAACUUCUUUGCUCUUGAGAACUAAAAUAAAAAAGGAGUGAAUAACAACUUGUAACAUUGCAUUGUACUUGCGUAUGAAACCAACUUGAGGGAGAGUACUAAAUGCUGUGCAACUGUUGUCAGAAUUACCUGAAAUCUGUUUCUAAUCAUGAUAAUGGAUUACUAAACUAAUCAUUAAUCGUACCAAAUACAAGUAAGGCCACACGAGAAUGGCAACACCCUCAUUACUUGAUUUAAGUUGUGUUGUAAAUUGUUCAGAUUGUAUAGUGUUAUUUUGUUAUGCAAGAGAGUAACAUUUUUAAUCUAUGUACAGUUAAACAGAAUGGGAUUGCCGACUGACUGACACAGAUACAGGGAUUAAAGGAUUCUGCAGCUUUUCUAUUAUCUUUUCUUCUUACUAGGACUUGGAGCUCUCUAUUUAAAUAUUUUGACUGCUAUGUAAAUACCAUGUAAAAAGAACUAUUACCUUAAGUUUAGGCACUCUGGUGAUGGGCCCUGGGCUCCUCGCCGAGUAAAUGUUUGUAGCGUCUUAAAAACUUGUUAUUUUCUUGUGCAUGUGAAUAGCUUCUUGUUACUCUGCACAGAAAAUUCGUAGUCAAUGUUAUUUAUGCUGUAGGUUUUCCAGUUAAUUACAAAAGUUGAAGCCCAAAGUUGAAUCUUUUAUUGUUCAAUGUUUGCCUCUGUUUUCUUUUAUAUCAAGUGCAAUAACCUUGAUAAACGUUUUUUGUCCCUGUUGAUGUAUAUAUUGUACAAUUAUUAAUAUUUUUGAGAUUCUAUGCCAUGUUUUGAUAGUGAUUAAUGUAUGGAAUUAUAUAGCACUGCAUUAAGUAAGAGUGAAUUUGUGUUAUCCGUGCAAAUUCCUUUGCUUUGCUUUUUAUUGCUACCACAAGUAUCCAUUUUUGAUUUGCAAUGUUCACCCUUUUUUAAAUGCAAAAGAAAAGACAACAUUUUGUGUACCCGUUAAGAUGGCUUGGAAUCAAAUAAUGAUAAUAAUAAUAAAACUUAAACUUUCAUGACCAA